GUUUGUUUUGAUAUUUUAUGAUGCAUUUUAAUUUAUCAUUCAAAUGAUAUCAAAGUAAUUCAUAUCAGUACAUAAUUAAACCUGAUAACUAUAUUGAAACAGUACGGUACUGAAAACAUCUAAAACUCUUGUAAGUAGUUUUACAAACCAUCACACACAAAUUACAAACUACAAAAAAUAAAAUUAAUGAGCGGGUGUGUUGUAUAAUUGUGAUAAAGUGUUCCAGUGGAGAAUAUAUUUCUAAGAUGUCAUUGCACUACAUACCUCGGGUAACUCAGCUGGAUGCAGUAAACUUGGAUGAACAAGUGGAAGAGCUCCUGAAGCAACAGCUGCAUCAAGCCACCAAAUACUUAGAGCCCGGCAUCCUACAGCCGAUCCUGCCAGAGCUGGAACUACUCAUACGGAGCUGGAUAUUCAAGUACUCCAUAUGCAACAACAGGUCCACAUUUGGACAGCAAAUGUUGUCACUAAGUUACAAGAAAGACAAUUUUGCCCGCAGCAAACUAUUCUGGUACUAUGGAUACACAGUUGGAUUGAAAUAUUUAAAAGAAAGGGCAACUUAUAGUUUCACAUCAAACACAAAAAUCCAGAACUUUUUCCAUACUUUGGAAACAUUUCAAGUGGUUGGAGAUGUAUUGAACUUCCUAAGGUUUGUCCAGAGUGGGAGGCACCCGGUGCUCGUUGACUUUAUCCUGGGGCUGGAGAUGUCGGCGGACAAGCUGACCAGGGAGGACCUCACGGACUUCUCAUGGACCAGGGAACUGCUCUGGCAUAACUUCAUUGAACUGAUAGGCACAGUGAUAUCCCUGAUGAACCUGAUUGGUGUGAGGAAGCGGCUGUCAUGCGUGUUGAAGCUGAUGUGGUGGCGGCGGCACUCGGCGAGCGCGCCGGGCGCCGCGGCGGCCGCCAUGGAUGUGAACACGCUGUGUGCCUACUGCUCCAGCCGGCCGGUGCUACCACACACUAUGGGCUGCAGUCAUGUGUUCUGUUAUUAUUGUGUUAAGGCAAACAAGGAUGCAGAUGAAGACUUCCCGUGCCCCAAGUGCUACUAUCAAGGAAAAGAAAUUAAAAGGUUUGUCAUAGCUGCAAGUUAAAAGUUCUUCCUAUGAAAUAUAUUUAUAAGUACUUAAGUUGCUUUAUAAUAUUGAUAUUUAAAGGUGAUGUGAUAAAUAGAUACUAAGGUUUAUUGGAUUCUUAUUUAUUUUAAUUGUUACAAUUUUUAAGUACUGAACUUUGUACAGACACUAGGUACUUUUUAUUGUUAAAUAAAGGUCUUACAAUUAAAUACGAUAUAUGCAA